GUGUGGUGUUAGGUUGCUCAUGAUGAGGUCCGUGAGGUUGAACUAAUCCAUCAAGAUGCAUCUUUUGUUUUUCUUGCGAGGUUGAACUUAUCCAGCAAGAUCCAUUUUUUAGGUUGAACUAAUCCAGCAAGAUGCAUCUUUUGGAUUUUUUAGAGGUUUUUUGGUUCCCUGCAUUUAGACUUGAACUAGGCCAUGCCAUGCCAUGCCAUAGGGCGAUUUAAUAAAACCCUUGUAUCACUUUGAUUGCUGUAAUAACCGCAUGUGAAAUUAGCUACAAGCCCCUGCGAGCUGUCUCCACUUGUUGUCGUCAUGGUGUGAUGUCUCCUUUGGGUCGUUUCCUUCUAUUUGGGAGCCACCACUUUGCCACGUUAAUAUGACAACGAGAUUUGUUUGACCCUUUGGUACACGCCUUUCAAGAGGUAGCACUAGGAGUCACCGUUCAAGCAGUUAUGUCUAUUAGGGGCUUAUAAGUCUAUUAGGAGGUAUCUUCAAAGCAGAAGACCGCUGGACAGGGGAGUUUUGCAAAAAAAACAAAAAACCCGAAGCUCCGGUGAUCGCCUGGCGAUCUGGCGGCGACGGAGAUAGAGAAAGGGGAGUGAUGGAGAAGGGGAAUCCGGCGGAGGCCCCGGCGGCUCGUGACCCCAACGGGAAGGGGCGGGCAACAACGGCGUCCCAGGCGGAGACCACGGAGCCUCGCGUUCCCAGUAGGGCGGGGGAUUCCGUCGGGGGCCCGCUGGAUUGGGAAGAAAUCAAGGCCACAUCAAGGCGGAUUCUCCGGCGAUCUCCAAACCGGAAUAGGUGCUGGAAGUGGAUGAAGAGGAGGGCAGAGGAGAUGAUGCGCACGAAUCUAGCGAGGAUCCCUACUGAUCUGGCGGGGAGUGGGAAGGCCGGCGGCUACAACGACAACAAAUUGGAGACAUACCUCUUCGCAUAUAUGGAAACGUUGCAGCAAGUGGAUUCCAUGAAUGUCUUUGAUGAGGAACAAAUGUUGUCAUUUAGUGCUUCAAGUAACAACUCAACGUGUGCAUUGAGCAUAUAUAAGGAAACGAGGCUAUAGGUAUAAUCUAAAAAAGGCAUAAAUGAUGACUACCCAUUAACAAACAUUACUAUAUGCUCUUUAUUUCUUCUUCCUGGAAUCAAGGUCAGUCAAAUAUGUUCAUGUUACUGGUCAAACGAAAAGAUGUUCAUGUUCAUCUCCAUGGAAUGGAAUGAUGGUAGUGCUGCUCCAUUCAUUAACUAUAGCCCCCAAUAGCUAAUCCAUCUAGAUGGUUUUACGUUUCCUUUUUAAAUAAUAUACAAAUAGCUCCCAGUAAGACAAGUGAUUUAUGCCUUUUUAUAUGACAAUGCUGCAACUUCAAUUCUACUUGCUAAUAUCUAGGAACCACUUAACCUGCUUCAAGUUGAUGUUCAAUAAACAUGUGCAUUUACAUGUUGUAAAAUCAUAAAACUCAUAUUUUUUCUCUAUCCUCUGAAAUCUUGCGUAAAUUGGUUGUAGGUUGUUGACUCAUCAUUGCAAGCAGUUAGUGAUGAUAUAUAAAUACUAAAAUAAAAUAAUUCAAAGGUGUACCCUGAAACUCGUGCAUUAAAUUUUCAAUGUUUUUGAUUGAAAUUUGCUGAGAAUUUAGUCAAAUGUUGUGGGUGUGGAAGGGCGGCUUUUUCAAACACAUAUUAAAUGGCUUAGAGCACAUUUGAUCAUCUUUAUUGUUUUUAACACUUAGUAAUGAGCUCAUAGAUGACAGAAGCAGAAAAAUACGUUGCCAAAUAUCAUUGGACUGCAUACUGACAUGGUAGAAUCAGUAGUCUAUCUCACUUGUUCUUGUCAGAACCUGCAUAAGAUUUUGUAUGUGAUGCUCUUCUUUAUUCAAUCAACUGAAAGAAGAGCAUCGAUAAUAGAUCACCACCAGGUUAUCACCAACCAGCAAAAAAGGUAUAUGAAGCUCUAUUCGACAAACGAUAGUUGCUCAUUCUUUGCCAAGAGCAAAUCUGAAGUUGCAUAUGAACUUCUUAAACUAAGCAUUCAACAAAUAGAUCAACAUAUUCCAUGUUUAGUGUACAACUCACAAAUAGACAUUUGCUGUGAGAAAAAUAUUAAUUGUUCCUAAAAUGUCGAGACAAGUUUUUAUUUUAUAAUUUGAUGCUCUUGUUGUUAUCCCGCCCUCAUAGGAUUUUAGAGUUUGAUGGAAUAUAGUCAUAUUUUCUUACAAUUACAAGUUCUUCUAUAAUUGGAUGAGAAGAUACCAUCUAGCAUGUCAAUUAAGAAUUACACAUAUUUAUACCUCGAACAGGGAAGCAUGUAUUUGAUCUUUGCUGCUGAGAUUCAGUUUUUCCUAUCGGAGGUCAGACUUCAUUGCUUGGAGUUUUACAAAGAACGGAUGUUUCACAGUUCGCUCGACUUAUUUGGAGGAAUGGAACAAACAAUAUGGGAGAAAAUUGUAAUACAGAAAUGGCAUGGGUAGAACAAAUGUCAAUACGAUAUGGUCUAAGAUUUGGAAGUUAUCUUGUCCAGCAAAGGUGAAGAUUUUUAUUUGGCCCACUUUACACGGAACCCUUCCGUGUCAUGUUACAUUUGCAAAUAGACAUAUGAAGGUUUCGCCCAUAUGCCCAUCAUGUUCUAACGGGCUGGAAGAUACAAAACACUUGUUAUUUUUAUGUAAAAAGGUGAAAGAAGUGUGGGAAAGGUUGGGUCUGCAUGAGGCCAUUGAGAAAGCCUGUGCAAUUGACCGUGCGGGAAAGACGGUCCUUGAGUUCCUUCUUCUUAUGCCAAAUCAUGAGCUAUCUAUAGUGGACACCCAGAAAAUGUACGUGAAUUGAUCGCCAAUAGCUUGGUACUUAUGGUGGGACAGACGUACGCUAGUUCAUCAGGGAAAAUCACAAGACGCAUACCAAAUUUCGAUGGGAGCCCGUGCUAUAACGACAAAUUAUGUAAUUGCCCAAUCCCCUAGGGCAACCAAUAAAAGAGAGGGGUGGACAAGACCACCUAGAGGUUUUGUGAAAUUAAAUGUUGAUGCUUCUUCCGAUCAAGACAUGCUUAGAGGAACAACGGGGGCUGUACUUAGAGAUGACAAAGGAGGAUUCAUUUGGGGGGGGGGAUUUGGAGGAUGAAUUGGUGUGCAGAUGCAUUAACAGCUGAAGCCUUGGCUCUGAGAUAUGGCUUAUUACUUGCACAGAAGACGGGAUGCAACUGUAUCAUCGUUAACUCCGACAAUAUGGAAGUAAUUGACAUAAUGAAGAAUGGAGGAUAUUCAGCGGGAGCGGCAGCGACAGUGUUUGAUGAUUGUUAUUUUAUGGCGUGCGAUUUUACGCUUAUUAGAUUUGAACAUUGUAAUAGGGAAGCAAAUAAAGUAGCCGACGAACUUGCUAGGUUAGCUAAAUUUUCUAAGACUAGGGACUGGUUUGAGGAGCCUAUGAAUGAAAUUGUAAAUCUACUUACUACCGAUGUAACUGUUAUUUCUAAUAAAUAAAG